AUGUCUAGUGGCAUAAACAUGUAUAAAACAAUCGUUCAGCAUAUACAAUUUUUUAAAAUCAGUUCUUUAUCAUCAGGAUUUACGCGACACUUUCGAACAGGCUAUCGAUUAAGUGGCCAUCGUUGGUCACCAGAUCCGCUUUUUAUGAAACAAUUUGAAGGUGUUGCCAUUUACCCAACUCCAGAAAUGGAGAAAUACGCUAAAGUAAUUUAUGACGGUAGAGUAAAACCGAUUGAGAGAAAGUUAAAAAAUAUGUGGCUCAAUUUUGGACCACAACACCCAGCGGCCCAUGGUGUAUUAAGACUUAUUCUUGAACUGGACGGCGAGUACGUCCUGAGGGCAGAUCCACAUGUCGGGUUUUUACAUCGAGCUACAGAAAAACUAAUGGAGGCUAAGCAUUACAACCAAAGCCUGCCAUUCAUGGACCGUCUGGAUUAUGUCUCUACAAUGGCCAACGAAGUAGGAUUUGCACUCGCUGUUGAAAAGCUUCUCAAUAUAGAGGUCCCGCCUAGAGCUCAGGCUAUUCGAGUCCUUAUGACUGAACUGUCCAGAAUAGCUAACCAUUUAUUAAAUAUAUCUGGUACCGUACUAGACGCCGGUGGUAUCAGCCCAUUUUUUUGGAUGUGUGAAGAGCGUGAAAAAAUAUAUGAGUUAUUUGAAAGGGUUUGUGGUGCGCGAGUACAUAACGCAUACAUGAGGGUUGGAGGAGUGAGCCAGGAUCUUCCUAUUGGAUUCUUAGAUGAUGUUCACGAACUCUGCAUGAAAAUGGGUGAGCGCUGCGAUGAAACUGAAGAUGUUGUGACCGGGAAUAGGUUAUACUAUGAAAGAACGGCAGGCAUUGGAGUUGUAUCGGCUCAUGAAGCUAUUAAUUUGGGAUUUACUGGACCGAUGCUGCGUUGUACCGGCGUCAAGUGGGAUUUGAGAAUUACUCACCCUUACAAUGGUUACGAGAUGUAUGAUUUUGAUGUACCUGUUGGUACGUUUGGAGACAGUUAUGAUCGUCACCUUCUACGUUUGAUGGAGCUACGCCAGUCUUUAAGGAUUAUAAAUCAAGUGUUAGACACUAUUCCAGAAGGAGAAGUUCGAACAGACGAUUCUAAAGUUACAAUGCCUUCAAGACAGGAAAUGAAAACGUCUAUGGAGGCCCUUAUACAUCAUUUUAAAUUGUGCACAGAGGGGUACAACGUACCUCCUGGUGCAACUUACAGUGCAACCGAGUGUCCUAAGGGUGAAUUGGGUAUCUAUAUGGUAUCCGAUGGCACUUCAAAACCCUAUCGUGUUUUUAUUAGACCAUGUUCAUAUCUUCAUCUAGCAGGCCUGGCUGUUAUGGGUCCAAGAAUGUUGCUAGCUGAUAUAUCUAUUCUAAUAGCAACAAUCGAUGUAGUAUUCGGUGAUGUCGAUCGUUAA